AUAAACAUUUUGAAAGUUUGAAUGUGGAUGACACUCAGAAACAAAUUUGAGGUUUGAAAUGCAUGGGUCCAUUAUUAUAAGGUGAGAGUGAAAUGCUCGUCAGUUCUACAUCUACAGUACAUAGCAGCUGAUGGUACUGCUUGUUAGUCGUCACUCCACUCAGUCCUCCUAGGAGUACGCGGCUACGCCACAACUCAGCCAUGGCAACGCCGCUGCACCUCCUCCUCGUGCUCGCCGCCAUCGUCACCGCGGCGACACCGUCGUGUGUAGCAGCAGCAGCAUCAUCCGCCGCUUCCACAGCCGAGCACAUCCUGGGCGUCAACUACGGCACGCUGGGCGACAACCUCCCGCUGCCGCAGCGCGGGCUGGAGCUUGCCCGCUCGGCGGGGGCGUCCGCCGUCCGCUUCUACGACGCCAACGCCACCAUGCUCGCCGCGGCCGCCGCCUCGGGGCUCGAGUUCGUGCCGAGCGUCCCGAACGAGCUGAUCCCGUCGCUCGCCGCCUCCCAGCGCGCCGCCGACGCCUGGGUGGCCACCACGCUGCUCCCGUUCCGCGGCAACCCGCGCCUCCGGUACCUGUUCGUCGGCAACGAGGUCCUCUCCGACCCCACCGCCAGGUCCCGGUGGCCGCGGCUCGUCCCGGCCAUGGCCAACGUCCACCGCGCGCUCCACCGCCACGGCCUCGGCAGCGUCAAGGUCAGCACCACGUUCAGCAUGCACGAGCUGGAGGGCCAGAACGUGUUCCCGCCGUCCGCCGGCGCGUUCAGGCCCGACAUCGCCGGCGCCGUCGUCCGCCCGCUGCUCGCCUUCCUGGACCGCACCGGCUCGCCCCUCUUCGUCGACGCGUACACCUACUUCACCUGGUCGGCGAACCACACCGUGGUGCCGCUGCCGUACGCGCUGCUGGCGCCGGCGUCCGGGUACGUGUACCGCGACCCCGGGACGGGGCUGUCGUACACCAACCUGCUGGACCAGAUGCUCGACGCGGUGGUGGCCGCCAUGUGCCGCGCGGGCCACUGCGGCGUCGGGCUGGCGCUGGCCGAGACCGGGUGGCCGACGGCGGGGGACCUGGACCAGUUCGGCGCCAACGUGCGGAACGCGGCCACGUACAACCGGAACCUGGCGCGGCACCUGGCGUCGGGCGCCGGCACGCCGCGGCGGCCGCGGGCGCGCGUAGCGCCGGCGAUGGUGUUCGCGCUGUUCAACGAGGACCUCAAGUGGGGGCCAGGCACGGAGCGGCACUGGGGCCUGUUCUACCCCAACGGCAGCGCGGUGUACGAGGUGGACCUCACGGGCCGGCGCCGGUCGCUGCCGUCGUACCCGCCGCUGCCGCCGGCGUCGAACGACCGGCCGUACCCGGGCCCCCUAUGGUGCGUGGUGGCGACGGACAAGGGACCGGUGAACGAGACCGCGGUGAGGGCGCAGGUGGCGGCGGCGUGCGCCGACGUGCCGGGGUUGUGCGACCCCGUGCGGCCGGGUGGCGCGUGCUUCCUGCCGGACACGGUGAGCGCGCACGCCAGCUACGUGUUCAGCGCGCACUGGAACAGGUUCAGCGAGGACUACGGCGGGUGCUACUUCGCCGGCUUCGCCGUGGAGACCACCGUCGAUCCCAGCCAUGGAUCAUGCAAGUUUCCAAGCAUUCUACUGAAGUGAAGGGGCUUCACAUUUCAUGGAAAAUCCCUGAUCGAGAACUGAUUGUCCUUACCUUCAAGUUGUUGCCUCCCAUUUCAUUCUAUAUUUUCCGGAUUUAAUUGGCUUACCGCAAAUCACAUGUUCAUGUUCGGUUGCUCAUGUAUCGCAGUUGAAUUGAUCCCGAGCAAUAGGUUCUCUUACAUAUUGCUCCCACCAUCGAGCAUCAUCAUUAAAGAAAAAAAAAGAGAAAGGGUAGUUUCAUAAACGAAGUAUUGUUUUCAUACA